AUGGAGACCAUGUGGCAGCAGGACCUUUCUAGAAAACAGGACGGCCAGCGCUGGGCGCAGUUUCGCGGGAUCGCUCUAUAUGUAGCACGGCUGACCGGUGGCUUGGGACGCGACGACCCGCUUCCGCGGAUAAAAUCGAGUCAACGUUCUGACAGUUCAGAUGAGGGGACGGCCGCCGCCCCCAGACACAACCCUCUCUUGCGCGACGAUUCGCCAAUGGCAUCGUCGGGGCCGCUUAGCGACGGGCUCACGAGCCGGCCGGUCGCGUCUGGUUCUGUGCAUGGCGUGCUUGUGGUCGAGCUACUGCUUCCAUCCCACCGAAGUGCGCUAGAAGCAACGCUGGUGCGGUCGCCUAGGCCAGCGUCUUGA